ACUAUCUUCUUCUCCUCCACUAUGCAAACCAAGAGUCUCGCCAACAACUCUCGUAUCUAGAACUGAUUUCAUCUCUUUCUCUCCUCGAACAACUCUCUCCUCAUCCACAAUCUCGCCGGCGAUGAUUCUUUCUCUCCCGGUUAAACAGAAUCGCCAUAGAAACUCGCUCCAAGUGAAAUCAGUAGCUAGCCCAACGGAGACGGUGUCGGAGUUCGACGAGAUGGUCUCCGGCACGAAACGGAAGUACUACAUGCUCGGAGGGAAAGGAGGAGUGGGCAAAACCAGCGGUUAAACAGAAUCGCCAUAGAAACUCGCUCCAAGUGAAAUCAGUAGCUAGCCCAACGGAGACGGUGUCGGAGUUCGACGAGAUGGUCUCCGGCACGAAACGGAAGUACUACAUGCUCGGAGGGAAAGGAGGAGUGGGCAAAACCAGCUGCGCUGCUUCUUUAGCUGUGAGGUUCGCCAACAAUGGUCACCCAACACUUGUCGUAUCCACAGAUCCAGCUCACUCCCUUAGCGAUUCCUUUGCUCAGGACUUGACUGGUGGAAUGCUUGUGCCUGUUGAAGGACCUGACUCUCCUCUGUUUGCUCUAGAAAUAAACCCUGAGAAGGCUAGAGAAGAGUUUCGUAGCGCCUCCCAGAUGAAUGGAGGCACUGAGGUUAAAGAUUUUAUGGAUGGUAUGGGACUUGGGAUGCUUGUUGAACAGUUGGGGGAACUUAAACUUGGGGAAUUACUAGACACACCGCCUCCUGGAUUGGAUGAAGCCAUUGCCAUUUCUAAGGUUAUUCAAUUCUUGGAAUCACCAGAGUAUAACAUGUUCACUAGGAUAGUGUUUGAUACUGCACCAACGGGUCAUACACUGAGGCUACUCUCCUUACCAGACUUCUUGGACGCGUCCAUAGGUAAAAUCCUGAAGCUUAGGCAGAAAAUAACCUCAGCUACUUCAGCAAUAAAAUCAGUCUUUGGGAAAGAAGAUAACCAGCCUGAUGCUGCUGAAAAAUUGGAACGACUAAGAGAAAGGAUGGUUAAAGUACGCGAGCUUUUUCGUGACACAGAGUCAACAGAGUUCGUCAUUGUCACCAUCCCAACGGUAAUGGCUGUGAGUGAGUCUUCUAGAUUAAGUGCUUCCUUGAAGAAGGAAAGUGUCCCCGUCAAGAGACUUGUUGUUAAUCAAAUUCUUCCGCCAUCCUCCUCCGACUGCAAAUUUUGUUCCAUUAAGAGAAAGGACCAAAUGCGCGCUCUAGAUAUGAUACGAGAGGAUUCAGAACUCUCUGGUUUGACAUUAAUGGAGGCUCCUUUGGUCGAUAUGGAGAUCAGAGGCGUCCCUGCUCUGCGCUUCUUGGGCGAUAUCAUUUGGAAAUGAGAUUCUCACACAUUAUUCAUGUAAAGAAGAAUGAAGAAGCAGGUUCAGUUGCAUGAGAUAAUGUUGGUUGAUAUAUUACAUAGUUUUGGUACAGCCGUACAGAAACUUACCUGAAUAACAUAAUUUCCGUACUGA